CCUACUGGUACGUGAACGCGGCACUUUUGGCAGUUUUUGUGUGCCUGGAAGAGGGAGUUAGUCAGCAGCGUCUGCUAUCUGACUUUAAUUCAAAAUGCCCGUAGAUUUGAGCCAGUGGACCGGACCUCUAGCCCUAACAGAGGUCGAGGAAAAGCCUGCACAGCCCCUGACCGUCAAAUACGGCUCUGUGGAAAUCGACGAGUUGGGGAAAGUGCUCACGCCGACGCAGGUGCAGAACCGACCCACCUGCAUCGAGUGGGAAGGAUGUGACUCCAGUAAGUUGUACACCUUGGCAUUGACCGAUCCUGACGCCCCCAGCAGGAAAGACCCCAAAUUCAGGGAGUGGCACCACUUCCUGGUGGUCAACAUGAAAGGGAACGAUGUUUCCUCUGGCUGCGUCAUGUCGGACUACGUGGGCUCAGGUCCUCCUCAGGGCACAGGUCUCCACAGGUACGUGUGGUUGGUGUACGAGCAAACUGGGAGCCUGUCCUGCUCCGAGGCCGUCCUCACCAACCGCUCCGGAAACGGCCGCGGCAAGUUCAAGCUCCAGAGCUUCAGGCAGAAAUACAACCUGGGAGCCCCGGUGGCGGGAACCUGCUACCAGGCCGAGUGGGACGACUACGUCCCCAAACUGUAUGACCAGCUGGCUGGAAAAUAAGUUAAUAAAAAAAGACUACUCUAAAGCGUUAAGCACUAGGGAUUCCCUCAGUGGCUGCAUUCUGUUGGAAAUUCCCACUCUUGCCAGCAGCAAAAUCCCCAACAGUAACAAAGCACUUAUUGUGAGUGUGCCUCCUAACAGUAUUUUCUUUUCUCCCACUGUUGCCUAACCAUGCCAUUUUCAAUACUAACUGCUCAGCUCACAGUCAUCACCUGCACUAUUCUGAAAUAAAUCUGCUACACACUGAAA